CAUCAUGAUCACCUCUUUCACCCACUACUACUCGCCCGGAUUCCUCGCCAACAUCAUGACCACCACGUUCAUCAUCUUCAUCUCGCUCCGCUUCCUGAACGGGCAUGUGAUGGAACGCGAAUUGCUUCGAAACAGCUUCCCCGUCGCCUUCACAACCACAUGCUUCACGAGAUUCUUCUCUCCCAAUUUCCCCACUGGCAUUAUAGCUACCUCUUUCAUCAUCUCCCUCUCGCUUGAGGUCAAGCAAACGGAUACGCUCUCGAUCGCCGCCGCGAAUGCUUCCUCGGAAUUCUGCUGGAGACACCAGCACCGCCUCGAAAGCCAGCAAACCGAUUCUGAGAAGCGCAGUCAGGUGCUUGUGCAGUCACUAUGAAGGCACCAAGCUUUGCGUCGACACGAGCACACCUGGAAGCGAAGUAAAGGAGAUGGUCAGUGAGUACCGUCCCAAACCCUUCCCUCAUAUCUCCACCUUCUCACUUCUAUUCAUCCUCCCCGAAAUCAGUACGGCCCAGCUCUAACGCAAUCAACAGGCAUCCACC